UCUAAUCUCUGUCAAAUCACAUCGUUUAAAUUCGAUGACGCACAGGAUUCAAAGUUGGCAUCAACGUCUCCGUCCAGGAGGACUCCUCCGCGACUUUAGGGACACAUUUAAAAAACUUUUUAAGUCAUUUUGAAGUCUCACAGUCUCAUGUUUUCAUCAAAGUGAAAAUAAGUUGCUAUAGCGGAAUGGAAGGCAAAGUUAUCGGACCUGGACCAUACCGAGCGACUAAACUGUGGAAUGAAACCAUUAAACUGUUUCGUGGAGGAAUGCCACUGAGACGACACUGGGCGCACUUCCGUUGCUAUGACGGCAGCUUCACCGGGUCAGAGGCUGUGGAUUAUCUGCAUGAGCUGCUCAGACGUAACUACAACUUUGGGCCCGAGGUGACCCGCUACCAGACGCUGCAGCUGCUCAGGAAGUUUUUGAAGGUCCAUGUGGUUGAAGAUGUCAAAGGACGGCAUGGGACAGAGGACUUUGAAGACAACGGCCAUCUGUACAGGUUUCCCACACUUUCUCCUCUCAAGUCUGUUCCAACAAGGCAUUUGUUGAGAGACAGCAGUGACCUGCCCAGACUCAUCCGCUGGGAUGACUAUGAGGAACUGCCCCUGCAGGAAAAUGUGGCACAUCCGAAAUCUUCAAUAAUGACUUCCGAUCUCUGGAAUAAAAGACACAGCGUUGCUAUCGGAGAUGUGCACGAAUGCAAGCUCAUCCGCAGGAAGGAAGUCACUUCCAAGCAAGUGGACCACAUCUGGAAAUCAAUGACCAUUGCUCACUUACAGAGAGCUUUGGGUCUGGAGACGUUGGAUGGAGUUUUGAAUCCAGCGCAUGUGAAUGGCAAACACAUUGUCCACAAUGUUUUCAAUGUUAAUAAAGCAGGCAUAGUUGUACUGGAGAACAAAGCUGAGGACAUGCCUUAUUGGGUGAUAUCGGCAAUGAAAUGCCUUUCAAACUGGCCUCAUGGCAGUGACACCAAACAACCCGUGUACCCGGGUUUUGAGAGAGACGUUCUGAGAACAGUAGCAGAUUAUUACCAGAGACUCAAAGAGCCCCUGCUGACCUUCCAUCUUUAUGAGGUCUUUGUCAACAUUCUCAGCUUGCUGCAUGAUCCCAGUGCAGCUACUGAGGCUCUUCAAGUCAGCUGCCUCCUGCUGCCACCACCCAACCGAAGACAGCUCCAGCUUUUACUGCGUCUUAUGGCCCGGGUCUGCCAGAACGCCCAGCUGCCUCAGCUUAAUGAGGCUAUUGCCACCCGCACUUUGAUGGUGCAGAUGUUCUCUCCUUCUGUUCUGGGAUCAGCUGAUGACAUGGACUUGGACGAGUUACUUGCUACCAAACUAGUGACGUUCAUGAUGGAGCACCACAACACCAUCUUCCAAGUGAAUGUCAAAUUGCGCCGCCAGGUGGAGGAGCACCUGUCUCACCUCAAAAGAGCUCAGAUCAAAUAUGCAGGGUCGGAUACAGACUUCACCGCAUCUCCGGCUUUUUGUAAACACAUCAGACGGGUUGAGUGUGAGGAGCAGAAGGUCAUCGGUACGCAGACGCCCCUACAGGAGCUGCUGGAAGGCCUGAUUGCAGACAAAGAACUUCCUGUUAAAGACAAGAAGAAAAGACUUAAACAGUUCCAGAGGUCCUACCCAAAGGUCUACCAUGAAAGAUUUCCCACUGAGGAAAGCAAAGCUGCUGUCAUUCCAGAGAAAACCCCACGACUCAAACCUCAUCUCAUGCUCUUCAACCUCAAGAAACCCCUCCAACCUUUUCAGAGGAGCUGGAGUUUUAGGGCAUAAUGCGCAACAACCGACACUGUUUUACUUCAAGCUGUAAACAUUGCAACCUCACUUAGCUGGAAGAAUGUGUACAAUACUGAGUCUUUACCUGCUUAUAUUAUUUCCUUCUCUAUGCGAGUAGGUGGAGUUAUGUUGGAACAUUGGUACUCAGUACCCAACACAGUUGUAUUAUUAUUAAUUGGGCAGCCAGUAGGUGACAUACACUCACUGGCCACGUUAUUGUAAGGAUGCACCAAAAGUUCGGUCUCCGAAAAUGACCCAAAAGUGAGUUUUCGGUUUUCAGUCAAAACCUCGAAAACACAGUAGAAACAGACCGUCAGGCGAACUCCGUUUUGUUUUAUCUCGCUCCGCCUUAUUUGGCAACUUGUUCUUUGCUUCAUUAUAACAGUCGAUUUUGAUUUCAAAAGUAAAGUUUCUCCCCUUUUAGUAAUGCUGUUUAAUUAAGAUCGCUUGGAUAUUCAUUUCAAUUGUGUGACACUUUUUAGUUUCUCAUCUACUGCGUCUGCCUGGAUUUUUUUCUUCUUCCUUUACGUUCCUGCUACGUCUGUUGCGAUUAGCGGUGUUUUUACCAUUCUUCUACAACCACCAUGUCCAGAACACGGUAAACUAAGCUUUGUAUCAUGUGUGAUCCACAUGAAGUACGCAGAUUCUCUGAUGUUGCGCACAGCAGCAGCAUCACUUUCUUUUUCACUGGACGAGUGAACUGCGGCGAGGAAACAACAUUUUAAUCAGAGGGUGAGAAUCAGUCAGCCAUUAGCAGACAAAGAGCUUUGUCAACAGUGAACAGAUCUGUCAGCAUUGUAAGUUUCUCUUCUAAUAAUUGAUAAUAUUCGCCCUCUGUGUGCUCUGCUCCGCUCGUCUCCUCUCCUCAGUCGUGUGUCUCUGACGGGGGGUGGGUGGGGGUUGAGGCAGUUUUGAAACUCCAUAAACUAUGAAAAUAUCAAUAGAAACACCAAAAACUGUUGCUCAGAUUGAAGUUACACAUCUCCACUAUCUUUUGGUGUAAAGUAAUAACUUCGUGAGGGAUUAUAUUUGCUGCUGUGGCUCGUUAAACGUAAUAUUGCAACUUUGGUGCUUAAAGUGUUAAUUUUUUAGUUCUCAGCAGGCGUUUCAGUUAUAAGACUGUACAUUUAAUAUUAUUAUUAUUUCUUAAUUAUAUGUUAUUUAAUGUACAUGAGUGGGGUCCAGUGAAACAUUUUAUAAUUUAUUUCGGUUUUUCGGCCUUGGUUUCCUCAUUUUCAGUUUCGGUCGAGAAUUUUCAUUUCGGUGCAUGUCUACUUUAUUGAGUACACUUGUUCAACUUCUUGUCAGCAUGCGUAGCUAAUGGCUGCAACUCAGUAUAUUAAAACAUCUAGACAUGUUGAAGAUGGUUUUGUGCAGUUCGAACUGAACAUUAGGGGGCAUUUUCACACUAGGGUUGUCUAGGGUUAACAGAGAAAGGUCUGAAAAAGAAAUGAUCAAUUGAGCAGCAGCUGUUUAGAUGGAAAUGUCUUGUAGAGGUAAGAAGGGACUGGUCAGACUGGUUCUAAAUUAUUAAAAGACAAUAGCAGCUCAGAUAACCCCCAGAUCCUACCAAAGUCUGCAGAGCAACAGCUGCUCCAGAUGAACUCCAGCAGCAGAAGACCACGCCAGGUGUCUCUUCUGUCAGCUAAAAACAAGAAAACAGGAUUCGUAGAGCUGGACCAGAAGAAACUGGAAAAGUUUUUCCUGGUCGUAUGUGUCUGGAUCUCAGCUGCAACAUUCAGAUGGGUGGGUCAGAAUGUGGAGUCCACUCAGAUCAUCUCUAUCUGGUCUCUAGAAUAGGAAAACUGGACUCACGAGAGUUCACGAGAUCUCAAUCCAGUUCAGAACCUUUAUAGUGUGAUUGAACAGGAGAUUGUUAUGCAUGUAGCUGUGAUGCUGUCAUGUCAGCACGCACCAGAACCUUUUAAGAGGGUUUGAAACAUCUUGUUGAAUCUUUGAACAACUAAGACUUCUGAAGGCAGAAGUGGUCCAACUCGUUACCAGUAAGGUGUACCUAACAGAGUGGCCACCCUGAUUCUUUUUCAACCCACUUACCAACAUAUGAUAGUUUGUAAUUUAUACACGUCAUAAUGUAUUGCAAGUAAACGAAGGUCCAGCAUAUCUGCUCUGAUAUCCUCACUGCCUCCAGAUAAGAGAAACUCUUCUGUAUCAAAAGCAGAGUUAAUAAUGUCAGAACUGAUCAAUAAGAUGGUCCUGACUAAUUAAGCCCUGGGGUCCGAUGCAGUUUAGCACAUUUGCCACAGCUGAUUGAACAUAUCUUAUAAAUACACUUUCAAAGGUUAUUCAUUUUUUAUAGCAAAGCACUUAAAUUUAUAAGGAUGUUGGUGAAAUCGAUGGCACAUCCUUCUUCCUGAAGGUUCCAGCAUUGCUCUUCCAAAGUUUAGCAUUUAUUAAGGUCAACAAAAGGUCAACCUUUUUCAUUUUCAAAAUGCAUUCAUCUUUAAUCCUUAUCUGGUUAAACACUUUACUGUCUGUUGACGCUGAAAUAUGUUUUUUGUUCCGUCAUCUAUAAAUUCUAAAUUUUGGUCAGAAACAGUAACUAUUUACUAACUGUUCUAAAUACGUUGUUUGUAUAGAGACAAGUUUAUUUUUGUGUUUAACAGAGCUAAGACGCAGAGCCUAAGUAGUUAAUACUUUUGAACUGUCUUCCAGUUUAUCAGCCUAUAUGAGUUGGAUGUUAUUGCUUUUCAGUGUUAAUGAUUAGAAAACAUGUAGUAUUGAGUUACAUAUCUGAUGCAAAUGUGUAUUUUUUUCAUCUGAUACUUUGGUUUGAAUAGUAAACAUGUGGGUCUUAGGCAGCUUGAUCUUGGGAUAAUGAUGAGUCCACACUUAGAGGCUAUGAACAUAUCAACAGUUUAUGGAGAAAGGUAAACAUUAACAUCAGGUGUUUGAGACACUGGUACAUGACUAAAUCAUUACUGGAUUAUGGUGAAUCCCUUUCUCUCACAACCAUUUCUUACACCGUACUUGACUUCUACGCUCACUGCACUAUAGUCAAACAUUUUAUGUGUUGACUCGUUGGUUUUAUUCUGUAUAUAAGAACUGUUUCUUUCACUGGUACAUAUUUCAGAUCAAAAACUUUUUUUUUUUUUAUUAUCAGAGCAACCACUUUGGUCUUACUAUCUGCUGUACCAUAUUAAUCAUGUUGUUCCCUUAAUUUGAGACUUAAAAGUGUGUUUUUUAUGUGAUUUUCAUAAAUAAUCUUUAAUGCUGGAAGAACUGUUACACUUGAAUUGCUGCACAAGACAUUAUAGUUUAUGGAAAAAAUCAAUUCAUGUGAAUGCUAAUUUUUGUAUUAAAACUAAUUGGCUAACAUAA